UCCCACAUGGCAGCCAGCACGGUUUUCUCCCUUCGAUAGCUAAUUUCGCCGUCACCCGUCAGGCCGACGCGGCGGAAGGAGAGGAGGGAGGGGAAAAGUAAGAGAGAUGGUGGAGGCAUCGCCGGAGCCCGUCGCCGCGGCGGGCGGAGGUGCCUCUGGUACGGCGGCGCCGCGGAAGGGGAAGUCGUGCAAGGGAUGCCUCUACUACUCAUCAGUGCUCAAGUCCCGCGGCUACAACCCAAUCUGCGUUGGGAUCCCCCGCUCCAUCCCCCAAGUUCCUAACUACGUGGUGGAUGAGCCUAAGGAGGAGGCGACGGCGCAGGGGCAUGAUCUCAGGCGGUUCAGGUACGGGUGCGCGGGUUACUCCAUGUUCGUGGACAACAGGGACGGCCAGGGUGGUGAGAGCGAGGGCAAGACGUUGUUGCCAUAUUGCAGGGGCCUCGAGUUAUUGGUGGACAGCAGAUUGGUUGAGAGAAAACCAUCAACAGCUGAACAAGCUCCAGCACAUGUUGCAAAGGACGCAGCAGCUACCACCCGCUCUCACCAACAAGGACAGCAGAGACCUGCCAACUUGUCAAGGCAGGAAUUCUUGGAAAGGUUUAAGAGGAGCGCUGGACUGGUCGCUUCAGGUGUCGCAAAGAAUCUAAACAAAACAGCCCAUUAUAUCAAGGAAAAUAUUCAGGACAUAUUGUACCCUGAUCGUCGCCCACCAAAGUAGUAGCCGUGCCUUGCGAUCAUCUAUGCUCAGGUUGAGAGCUGAAUGUAUGGCUUACUGCUGGAAAACCUUACAUAAUCUUAUAGUCCCUGUAAGAAGCAGCUCCAGUUUCGUCACUGAUUAAAAAAAUGGAGCCUUUCUGGGAUACCAACUUUCUUUGCUUUACUUGCCUAAUCUUGUAAUUUACGGCUGCAUAUGUACAUGCAAAUUACUUGCUGCUUGUUUGAAGCGAAAAUCAGAUUUCAUUUGGUGUAUUGAUGAAUAAUGUCCAUAAGUCACAGUGCAUUUCAAAGUGAAAGAAUUUUCAUUCUCC